AUGGCGGCGGCCUUGGAGGAGGAUGAAAUCGACAAUGAUGAUUACUACUCUCUUUUGAAUGUCAGGAGGGAGGCGACUCAAGAGGAGCUGAAAGCAUCGUAUCGUCGGCUUUGCAUGCUCUACCAUCCGGACAAACAUAGGGAUCCCGAGCUGAAGAGACAAGCAGAACAGCUAUUUAACUUAGUACAUCAAGCUUAUGAAGUUCUUAGUGAUCCACAGUCUAGAGCUAUCUAUGAUAUCUAUGGGAAGAGAGGAUUGGAGGUGGAAGGAUGGGAGGUGGUGGAGAGAAAAAGAACACCAGCUGAGAUUCGUGAGGAAUUUGAACGCCUUCAGAGGGAGAGAGAGGAGAGGAGACUACAGCAGAGGACCAACCCUAAGGGGACAAUCAGUGUAGGUGUGGAUGCCACAGACCUGUUUGAUCACUAUGAGGAGGAUUACGAUGACAUGUCUGGAGGGGGUUUACCCCAUGUCGAGAUCAACAAGAUGCACAUAUCUCAGUCUAUAGAGGCCCCUCUGACUACUUCAGACACAGCUAUUCUGUCUGGGUCCUUGUCCACACACAAUGGAAAUGGUGGAGGAAACAUUAACCUGGCCCUGCGUAGAGUCACAUCCGCUAAGGGCUGGGGAGAGGUUGAAUUUGGGGCAGGAGACACUCAUGGGCCACUCUUUGGUAUGAAGAUAUUCCGAAACUUGACUACUCGCUGCUUCAUGACGGCUCAGUGUGGAAUGCAAUUUUCGUCCCGUGGUGUGCGACCGGGUGUCACCACUAUGCUGGCUCGUCACCUGGAUAAGAACACUAUGGGUUAUCUGCAGUGGCGAUGGGGUUCCCAGUCCUCCAUGAACACCAGUAUUGUCAGGGAUACCAAAAGCAGUCACUUCACUUUUGCUGUGCAGCUGGGCAUCCCGCACACUUUCAUCAUGAUGAGUUACCAGUACAAAUUCCAGGAUGAUGAUCAGACAAAGAUCAAGGGCUCUGUCAAGUCAGGAUUUUUUGGCACUGUGGUGGAAUAUGGUGCUGAGACGAAGAUCAGUCGACACAGUGUUCUAGGCGCCACUGUCAGUGUCGGAGUUCCUCAAGGUGUCUCUCUCAAAAUCAAGCUGAACCGAGCAAGCCAGACAUAUUUCUUUCCCAUCCACUUAACAGACCAGCUUCUACCUAGUGCAGUUUUUUAUGCCACCGUUGGACCUCUGGUUUUCUACCUUGCUAUCCAGAGACUUGUUAUCAGGCCUUAUGUGCGUGCCCAGAAGGAACAGGAGCUGGAAAAGCAGCGUGAGAGCUCAGCAUCUGACAUUGCCAAGAAGAAGCAAGAGGCAGAGUCUGCUGUUCUUCUGAUGCAGGAGUCUGUUCGCAGAAUCAUUGAAGCUGAAGAGUCCAGAAUGGGUCUCAUCAUCCUCAAUGCCUGGUAUGGCAAGUUUGUGACAGACAACAGUAGGAAACAUGAAAGGGCAAAGGUCAUUGACGUGACCGUACCACUUCAGUGCCUGGUGAAGGACUCCAAACUCAUUCUCACAGAAGCCACAAAGGCGGGCUUACCAGGGUUUUAUGACCCAUGUGUGGGUGAAGAGAAGAGUCUAAAGAUACUGUAUCAGUUUAGAGGAGUGAUGCACCAGGUUCUAUCUGGUGACACAGAAGCACUCAGGAUACCAAAGCAAUCUCACAGGAUUGAUAGUGAUACCUAGGAACCAUUAUCGUUGGGCGGAGAGACAACUGCAUGGACUCACAUGGACAGUGGAAAUAUGGUGUUGUGUUCUAGUAACUUGGAUCUUCCUUGUGCCCAAAGUGAUUUAUAUGCAUAAAUGUCCCUCUAUGCUUUUUCAGUUUUAAAUGUUAUGAAAGAAGACAUCUGUAUAAGAAAUUUGCCUGCUUGGACAAUGUAGUAAUUGACUUCUCCUGGAAGAGCACCCCGCCCCCCCAACAAAAGAAAAAGGGUUUCCCCCAGUCUGUCUGGUCGGUUAUUGAUAUUGGUAAUAAUAUUGUUUAUCUUCUUAAUUAACAAAAUUAUUUCUGUCAAUCUUUCAAAUAUGGUGACGAUGUGGUGACCUUAUAUGUACUGGAGAAUAUCCGGAACACAACAGUGCCUGUAUUCAGCCCUCAUUUCAGAGUGCUGUCUGACCCCUUCCAUGCCAAGUCACCACAUGGGACAAUGAGUAGGCUGCUCAACUAGCUUGCUGAAUUGAGCAUGAAGUGAUUACCAGUUGUCAGUAAAUUUUCUUUUGUGAGAUAUAUUGGAAUGUAAAAAAAAAAUGAGGAAAAUAUAAGGAAACUGCCAGCAGUUUAAUAAAUGAGCUUGUUAAAGGCAUAAGGUUUGCAAGGAAUACUCAGCAUAUUUUUACCUGUACUUGAUUGGACAUGUCAUGUUGUUACAUAUAGACUGGUAUUCACAAGUGGUCACUAUUCGCUGGUAUUCGCCAUUCCAAAUCUGCUAUCUCAUCCAGCCUUGUUUGGGAGACUCAACCUUCACAUUUUAACAGAAAUAUAUACUUUAUUGAUCUCAUGGGGGAUAUUCAUCUUCAACAACAUGUUACAGUAAUGUUUUUUUUUUUCAUAUGAACAGUGACAGUUCUUACAUUAAACACCACAUUGUUCAGUAUUUUCAUUUGAAAUGAUCUGAAAUGUGCUACAAUUUCUGAAAUCCCUUAACUU